CUUUGACAGUUAGAAAUUUCUUACAUUUAUUUAAAUAUAGAACCUGUGUAGAACCGUAAAUCUGUCGAAUAAACGGCGAAAUAACGUAAUAAAUACCGUAGACUGUUAACUAAUUAACGUGGAAGACUAACACGGUGAUGUACUUCAAACUUUAUCUUUGAGGUUAUGUUUUGAAGAAUCUCCCAUUCGGAUUUUGCAACCAAAAUGUCCACUCUCGAAUAUUCGAAAAAAUUCGCCCGCGUGAAGGCACCAGCCAGAAAUAUCCACAAUUGCAAUGCUUGUCCGUACUUCACAACCUCGCUCUUUCUGAUGGUGAACCACGUCAGACGUCACCACUCACCCCUAAACACCUUUAACUGUGAAAACGCCAGUGUUGAAGUUUAUUAUUGCAAGGACUGCAAUUUCAAGACAGACCUAACCCUACUUUUCAAAAAACACAUAGCAGAACACCAUACCAUUGAAAAACAGAACAAACCAACUACAUCAAACGCGGACUACACCAUCAAGAACUUCGUUUGUUUGAAGUGCAACUUUGAAACAUACUUUGUGAUUAAGUGGCUUCAACACACUAAAUCAUGUUUGCGGGUUAAACAAGACCCCCAACUUGUACACCAUGAUAACCCCACAUGGUACAAGUGUGACCAGUGUGACUACAAGUGCAAGCGCAAAUAUUCCCUAAAAAUACACAAAACAGGAAAGCAUUUUAAAGACCAUGAAGUACCAUGGUACCAAUGCCAACUAUGUACGUACAAAUCCAAGCACAAAUCCAGCGUGAAAAGACACAUUUAUUUGCACCACGUGGAUGACAGCAAUAUCACGUGGUACAAAUGUAACACCUGUCCAUACAAAACUAAACAAAACUCUAAUUUAAAGAAGCACAUAAAUGCGCGACAUUCAGACGGGCAUGAUAUUAAAUGGUUUGAGUGUACUGAGUGUCCAUAUAAAGCUAAACAAAAUUGUUAUUUGAAGAAGCAUAUGAUCGCACGACAUUUGGGCGAAGCGGAUAUUAAGUGGUUUGAGUGCAAGGACUGUUCAUACAAAGCAAAAAAGCCGGCGCAUUUAAAGCGGCAUGUGAUUUCGCGGCAUCUGGGUGAAGAAGAUAUACAGUGGUAUGCGUGCCAGAUGUGUGUGUAUAAAGCUAAGCACAUUGCGCAUUUAAAAAGACACAUAAGUUUGCAUCAUUUGGAUGAGUGUGGGAUUAAUGGGCUGGUUUAAUGAUGCAAACAUUAAUUAAAAUGAGUGUGAACGUAUGUACAGGCUGUUUCACGAAUAUUGUGUAAUAUUGUUGGCUGCGCGCGCAUCUACAAUCAGCUGUUGUUUCCAAUCUUUGCACCAUGCAAAUUUAUCAGCAUUUUCUAAAUAGCAAUAGAAAUUUAAUGAACUGUAUGUCCGUUUACCGAACAGACGGAGUGGCCACGCACAGUGAAAAUAUUUUUGUCUUUUUAUAAAUACAUCUUAUAUUCUUUAUUUUUGAAAUAACACACGAUGACGUUUCUGGUUAAAUCUUAUAUUAUCCAAUGAGGAAACAGAAUUUUCAAAAUUUUUGAUAGUGCUUGCGCAACUAACAAUAAAUGGAAGCUAUUGAUUAAGGAAUAAAUUUAGCAAUAAAAAAUGUACAAAAUAAAAUCUAUUCGUGAAGUCAUAAAA